AGUUGCAUUUGGUAAAACCCAGCCUCGGAAUAUAUAGAUCAUUGGAGCGCAAUGAAGUAGCCUUUGGAGAGGAGGGAGGGGGCCGUCCGACAGCCACAGCGGCCAGUGCAGCGCAGCGGUAGCAGCGGCGGCAGCACCAUCGCCGCUCGCACCCCAGCCGCCCGGCCCGCGAGGAGGCAGCGGCGACCGCCGGAGCGAGCGGAGGAGGCGGCGGAGCGCGCGGAGAGGCGGGGAGGAGCAGCAGCAGGGGCGCGCGGACGCUGGUCCACGCAUCUCGGCACUUCCAGACCAACUCCGGCGCCUUCCACACCCCGGCCCCGGGCUGGGGGCUCCGAGAACCGCCGCGAAGCCACCCGAUCCUUCCCCUGAUCGCUGCCCAGCCCUGCCCUGCGCCUCCCGGGCUCCGGUCCGCGCGGCGGGGUCCCCACUCCUGCGCCCCGGGCGCGCCUCCCGGACUCCCCGGUCCCUGCAGCCAGGACAAAAGCCAUGAAGCCGGCGCUGCUGGAAGUGAUGAGGAUGAACAGAAUUUGCCGGAUGGUGCUGGCCACUUGCUUGGGAUCCUUUAUCCUGGUCAUCUUCUAUUUCCAAAUCAUGCGGAGGAAUCCCUUUGGUGUGGACAUCUGCUGUCGAAAGGGGUCACGGAGUCCCCUGCAGGAGCUCUACAACCCGAUCCAGCUGGAACUCUCCAACACGGCCGUCCUGCACCAGAUGAGGCGGGACCAGGUGACCAACACGUGCCGAGCCCACAGCGCCCUGAGCCGCAAGCGGCGGGUGCUGACCCCCAACGACCUGAAGCACCUGGUGGUGGACGAGGACCACGAGCUCAUCUACUGCUACGUGCCCAAGGUGGCGUGCACCAACUGGAAGCGGCUCAUGAUGGUCCUGACGGGCCGCGGCAAGUACAGCGACCCCAUGGAGAUCCCGGCCAGCGAGGCGCACGUGGCGGCCAACCUCAAGACGCUCAACCAGUACAGCAUCCCCGAGAUCAACCACCGCCUCAAGAGCUACCUCAAGUUCCUGUUCGUGCGCGAGCCCUUCGAGAGGCUGGUGUCCGCCUACCGCAACAAGUUCACGCAGAAGUACAACACGUCCUUCCACAAGCGCUACGGCACCAAGAUCAUCCGGCGCCAGCGCAGGAACGCCACGCAGGAGGCGCUGCGCCGCGGCCACGACGUGCGCUUCGAGGAGUUCGUCGCCUACCUCAUCGACCCGCACACGCAGCGCGAGGAGCCCUUCAACGAGCACUGGCAGACGGUGCACUCGCUGUGCCACCCGUGCCACAUCCGCUACGACCUCGUGGGCAAGUACGAGACCCUGGAGGAGGACUCCAACUACGUGCUGCAGCUGGCGGGCGUCGGCGGCUCGCUCAAGUUCCCCACCUACGCCAAGUCCACCCGAACUACGGACGAGAUGACCACCGAGUUCUUCCAGAACAUCAGCUCCGAGCACCAGACGCAGCUCUACGAAGUCUACAAACUCGACUUUUUAAUGUUCAAUUACUCAGUGCCAAGCUACCUGAAAUUGGAAUGAGGGGCGGUGGGGGUGGGGGGUGCGGUGGGGGUGGGGUGGGGUGGGGUGGGCGCCGGGGAGGGGAGCGGGCAGAGGGAGAGAGUCAUGCUUUUUAAUUUAAGAUUUUUAUUUGUCAAAAGAAUUCUAUGGAUAUUGGGUUAUUUUGUAAAUUAAUAUUGCUUUGGGGAACGUGCUGCGAGCAGCAUGGUGAGAAUUAUUUAAAGUCCUUCGAAGGGAGGGACCGCCGUCUUCAGCAGGGGAAGAGGGUGGAUUGUCCUUGUUUUCAGAAGUGAAUACUGCAACACUGUCUCAGAGGUUUCCUUGUGUCCUGGUGAAUUCCAUGGUGACUUGUGCAUUCCAUGAGUUCUGAUUAAUGUUAUUUAUAGUUAUUUAAACACGGUCUCCGUAUAGAUUUCUUUUUGGCAGCAGAACGCCGAGGUCCCCUGAAGAAAUCUAUGGUUCCAGCUUUGCUCGCUGCAGCUCAUUGGGGGGCACGAUGUUCUCCCUACUAACCUCUCAUGGGGUCGUCUGGUGACAAUCCUUGUGAUGCGUGUGGAUGCCACUGUUCUUGAAGUUCUGCUGGAGAUAAAUAGGUCACUAUUGCACUCAGAGGCAUCUUCCCAAGGGGCUAAUUCCAAACCCAAUGCAAUUGACCCCAAAGUCCCUUGCCAUAAAGAAAUGUGACUUUUUUUUUAAACCCAAGGAGAGAGCUGAUUGUAGCAAUUUUUUUUCACCAAAAUUAGCAGCCUGAUAGAAUAGGCUUUUUUUAAACAGAAAAUUUUAACUGGCAGUGCCGGUUGUGGUGAAGGUGAAGCAGCUGUUGCUUUAUGGCCAACAAGUAUUUAUUGAGCAUCUACUAUAUUCUAGGUUCAGGUAUAGGCCCUGCAGACAGAGCAUUGAACAAACCCAGUAGACUUAGCCCUCAAGAAGCUUUACGUGGACACAGAGCAUCCAGCUCGACAUUAACCAGGCCCCUGAUCUUCACGGACUUCAAGUGGGGUUUGGACUCUUUGUAACUCUAGAAGGCCCGUGAGCCCUACAUAUUUGCAUUUUUCUCUGGCCCAAAUUUGAAAACCACACGCUUGGAUCAGGCUACUCAGUGAGUAAUCUAAGGUCAUUACCCAAGAAAUAGCAAAAAUAUUUCCUAUUUUGUGCCCUGAAGCCCCGGAAGGGACUCUCCAGGCACAGCGUGGAAGAGUGCUGUGACCGAGGUCUGGUUGGGUAAGGAGAGGAGAAGGUCCUCAAGUGCCUCCUCCCGCCAUGUCCAGUCAACAUCCGCAUCCCCGGGUGGAGGUGUCUUCUACGCUUCCCAGGUACACACUUGGGGAGUUGCAACAGGCUGCAUUUAUGCCCCUUGUAAAGAUCAGAGGUGGGCUGUGUGGGCACGUGCUUACCCGCCCACCUUCCCCAUCCUGCAGAGGCUAAGAGACCCUCCGAACCUUCGUGACUGCCAAGCAUGGGCGGCAAGGACAGCCUCCCGCCCUCUUCAUCCACACUCCUUUCCUCUGGAAGGCUGCCACCGGCCACUCCUGUUCCUUGCUGAUUAACAUCCAAACCUGCUUCUCAAUUCCAGCCAUUUCCAGCGCUUUCUCGGUGGAAAUUUGAGCCACAUCCCUCUUACAGCUAGUGAAUGAGUCGGUAGCAGAUACUGUAUAUAAUAAUAAUAAUAAUAAAAAUAAUAAUAAUAGUUCUA